AUGAUGUUGUUGACUUGCUAUUAUUUUAUAAAAUAAAAAAUUAACUAUGUAUUGAUAGAAACUUAUACAAAACACAGUCUACAAAACAUAAAGGGACCAUUAGUCGCAAACAUUAUCCCAAUCCGAAGCACCAGAGAGACGGAACAGAGUGAAACGAAGAGUAAGCAGUUAACUGAACAAGUCAAGCUUCUCCAUGAGGUGCUUCCAGCUCCAAUCUUCACUGCUUCUUCCCUUGCAUGCAAAACUCAAACACCAGCUACAUCAUAUAAGCCACACCUCCAAACUAUUUUGCCUUUCUACCCACCAACCUCCAUGUUUUCUGCACUUAUCUUCAUCAACUCCAUUAAGUACCAAGGCACUCCCACAUUUAAUGGUGGUUGCCCCGGCAGAAUCCGGUGACCUAUCAUCCUUGCUCCCGAUAAGUGGCGUGCUUUUGUCAAUGUACUUUGUAGCGAAUUUUGUCGUCCCGGGUUUCCUUGCCAACUCUAUCUCAAAGGAUGAGUCAAAUGAAAAGCAGAAGGUUGAUGAGGAUGAUGAAGAUGAAGAAGGGGAAGAAGAAGAUGAAGAUGAAGAUGAGGAAGAAGAAGAUGAAGAUGAAGACGAGGAAGAAGAUGAAUAAACAGAGGUAUAGUAGUUAGUGGGCAAGGGGAGAUCAAGGAGGAAGAAACAGGAUUGCUUUAAACGUGAGAACUAACUUCAGAAUGCUUUGAACCACUAUUGCAUGAUUGUAUGGUAUCAAUAGGUGUAUUUUGGUGUAGUUUUUGUUCACAUAAUGAUGACAAAAACAUCUCAGAAGUCAUUUGUUCUCCCUUAGCAAACAUGGUAUUAUUAUUAAUUAGCUAUUUUGGAAUUGGUUGAGAUUACCCUUUCAUGAAGCAAAUCUUUGCUUA